ACCCGCGCGGGGUCCACGGGGCGGGGCCAGUCUCCUAGCCGCCCCUCGAUCCACUCCUGGCCUGGCGUCUGCUCCCAGGGUCGACCUCCCAGCUAGCUACAGGGAGAUCAGGAUCCCCGUGUCGCCAACGUUCCCUUCCUUCUUGGCUGACACUCCGAGGGGCCAAACCCUCCGCCGAAUUUUCUAAGGGAAACCUUCACUUUUUACUCCCUCACGUAUUGAGCCUCACAAUGCCCGAGCAGGGGUCCUAGCGGUCCACCAGUGUCUCGUCUACCUUUCGAGCUCAGAAGGGGCAGGGUCCUUUCACUCCAAACCUCGACACACCCCCUGGGUGAACGCCCGGAGUUUUCCAACUCACUGACGUAGCCACACUGCACCCAGGACUCAUCAACUCAAAAAGGGCGAUAUGACAGUAAAAGGGAUAAAGGGUUAAGCGGAUACCAGAGGAGUGGACAGAGGGGACUGGGGCAGUCACAAGGAGGCUCAGCCGGUGCACUGACCGGAGGUGGAGGGUUGGAAAUACCUGGACAGGCUGGCAGUCCACGGGUUGGGUGGAGGGCCCACUGAGCACACCUGCCUAGGGUGGAGUAGCCCUUUCUUGUAUCGCAUCAGGUCAGCACGUGCUUCUAUGUCUCACAGUUCUGUGCUAAACUGACCCCACCCAGCAGAGGCCCCAUUCCUCCUCCUACCUGGUCCUCUUCUACCUGGACUACACCUUUGCCUCAGGGGAGCCCUCCAUGAGGAAAGGACAAAGGACACGCUGGUGACCGAGUGUCUACGUGUUUAGAGUGCCAUUCUGUACUAUCUCAUGGCCGCCAUGCAGCAUGGUGGCAUACCUGUGACCAACACGGAGUCCUGUGCCUGACUCUGGACAACCCAGAUUUUCUUCAGGCCACAGUCCCUCUCUGUACAAUCCAGACGGAGGGAACAGUGUUCCUGGGGAGCCAAAACUGGGCCAGAAUUUACAGCUCUAUGGAACCAAGGGCGCACAUCAGGGCUCCUUCAAGCAAGACCAGGUGAGAGAAGGGGUCAGGUGCGGGGGUGUGGAGGGGAGGCGUCUCGUGGGAUCCUGGCAUCAUGCUGGGGUAACUCAGGUAGCUGUGGCCAGAAAAAGGAAUGGGCCCACCCUUUCCGGGAGGGCUCUGCUCACUUACCCACCCACUCCGCCCGCGCGCAAGGCCACCUACGGCCCCACCCUUUGCCCAAGGUCCCGCCCCGUGAAAUGAAGCCACGCCCCGUGGUAGAAUAAGCUUCCCGCCGCACCUCCCCCGUCCCAGCCGCCUUUCUGAGCUGAGCGGAGCAAGCCAAGGAUCCAUCCAAACCGGGUCUUUUGGGAAACCCUGGAGCGCGAAGGCUUCUGGGGAAUUAAGUUUCCACUGGGCACCUCGGCCGGAUUUACGCAUGCUCGCGGCUAGGGGCGGAGUCUACAGGGGCAGUGGGCAAGGUUAAGGGUUCUUACGUAGAGAGCUCCGUUUUCCACCUCUUAAGCGUGUUUCCCCCAGACCCAUUUCCUUCUACUUGCUAAGUUGCUCAACCUGCCUGACUGGUUCUAAGCAGGCUACUCAGUCACCCUGGCUUGCAGUCCCUGCCCUACUUGGUGUCUCCUUCCUGGUGUUUUCCGGAGUGGGGUCCAAGCCGUCCCACUGCAGUGUAGACCCAGAGGAGCCCACUGGCUGGCCCAUAAACUUGCAACUAUUGCCCCCCACCUCGAGCCCCACGGUCAUUCUUCAUGUCCCCUAUGGGCGAGGAGGUGAAGCUACUAAAGCAGAGGGGUGCCAGGGCCAAGAAUGGGUGCGGGGGACAGAAAACUUUGGGGAGCUUCACCCCAACUCACCAACACAGGGAAACUGCAGUUUUAGAAACAAGCUGAAAAUGUCACUUGUGUCUGAUGUCCAUGUAACUGUAAGAUAAGUAAAGUGUGUCUACAAAGUUGUGUCAAACUUUUUUUUUAAUUAGGAAAGUGGACAAUCCUGUAAGCAGUCUCAAGCAUCCCGGUAUCUGCUGGGUCUGGGCAGCAGGUGGCAAGGAGGAACUCUGACAGUAGCUGUAGAGGUGUGAGCAAUGGCUGGGUAACCCCAGCCCCUCUGAAGGCCCCAGAAUCUGAAGGCCUGCCUCCACUUCCUUUCUGGGGCCAUGACCCAAGGAGGUAAAGCACGCUCAGAUGAAUCGUGAUUGAGUCACCCCAGAUUGGCAAAUGCCCCUUAGAGCCCAAACCUUGGCCUCCACCCAUCUGGGAAUGAGGGGUGACUGGCUGCUGUGCUCCAGUUGCUAAGGCCCUUGGGAUCUUGAGAACCCCAUCUUUGAGCUCCGCCCCAAGGCCCCACCCCUCUCUAGGAGGGAAAAGGCACCGCUGGUAGCUCUACUCACAGGCACUGGGACCUGGAGCUGGAGGACUAGAAGUCACGCUGCUGUUGCUGGCUGCAGCUUGGGCCAUGGACCCCCAUGAGAUGGUUGUGAAGAAUCCAUACGCUCACAUCAGCAUCCCUCGGGCUCACCUGCGGUCUGACCUGGGGCAGCAGUCAGAGGAGGGUCCCUCUUCAUCUUCCUCCUCGGAGAGUCAGCCUCUGCCUUCAGGAACCUGCGCCCCAGAGCCAGCAGGCCUCUUGCAGACUACUGAAGCCCCAGGGCCCAAGGGUAUCAAGGGCACCAAAGGCACUGCUCCUGAGCAGAACCAACAGACCUGGCAGUCACCCUGCAAUCCCUACAGCAGUGGGCAGCGUCCAUCAGGACUGACUUAUGCUGGCCUGCCGCCUGUGGGCCGUGGCGACGACAUUGCCCACCACUGCUGCUGCUUCCCUUGCUGCUCCUGCUGCCACUGUCCACGAUUCUGCCGCUGUCACAGCUGUUGCUGUGUUGUCUCCUAGCCUGACUAUCCAACCUCUGGGGCUGUGGGGCCCAGGCCUCUGCUCAAUGCCAAAGUGUUGCUGGACAUCAGGAGCGGCCAUGGGCAUGGGCAUCAGCCACUUCUUGCCCUGGACGGGGGAGCCUGUCCACCAGGAAGGCUCAGCGGGUGCCCUCUGGAAUACGGUCCCAGCCACUAGCCAUGUUGGCAGCAAUAGGGACACUCUUCACUUCCUACGAGACUUGGGCAAUAAAGCAGGGUGAGCAGUG